UCGUUUAAUCAACAACAUUAAGGAGACGACAGUUCAAACUUGCGAAAAUUUAAGCUAGUUCCGGUGUCUCUGUCUAAUUGUAACGCGUUCAUCCCGGGUUUGGAGAGUGUUCUAUCUCAGGGCGUGUAAGCACAACAUCCUGAAUACAAUGGGUGGUCGAGGACGAGGCCGCGGCGCUCGGAAUCGCGCUCGAGGCCGACCUCCACUUCCCCAUGCCGCCCAUGCCGCUCGUCGAGAACCACUCGAAGAGGAUGCGGACGAGGCUGCCUUGGCAGAAGCCAUUCGUCUGAGUCUGGCCGAGACUGAGAGUGAUCCGGAGGAGGAGGACUUGAGGCAGGCCAUCCAAGCCAGCCUUCGUUCGGCGGGAUUGCGGCCUGAAGAUGCUCACCAUCUCAAUCCGCUCUUGGAUCAUCUUCAUCCAGAUCAAUCAGCCAUUGACAAGGAACCCGAUCACGAGGUUGUGGAUGCGAAUGACGAUGAGCCUUCUUCUUCGACGUCUUCAGUGGUGAAAAAAUCGCAUGGGGUGCGAUCGACUCGAUCCAGCCGAUAUCGCGCACAGGCGGAAUCCGCGGCGAAGAAGAAUCCCAGUCCGCCCUCACCCAAUGGAUCGAAUUCGGCCUUGGAAAUAGACCUGAAUGAAGAAGAAGAUGAGGAAAUGGAGGGUCCCUCUUCCACUCAAACAAUGGAGUCUCGCUCCAAAUUGGAGAUUCAAAUCGUCACGGCCGCUCAAGGCGGUCGGGGGAAGAAUCCAGUUUUUGGACGCGUGGAAACGUACAUCCGGAAUGCUUUUGACAACGCGGAACUGCCGUCACCCACCAUCAAGAAGAUGGAAAUCCUCAUGAGUAAUGCUAAUCUUGAGCGCGACUUUCAUACUUGCCAACAGAACCUGAAUCCCUCGGAAAAUGUCCCAUCCUUGCUCUUCCAUGCCGCUGAGCAAGCCAAAUUGGGCUCGGAAUUCGUUCUCAAACAUAACUUGUCCUGCACUCACUCGACAGGACGAAAACCCUACGGACCGGGGUUGUACUUUACAGCCUUACCUUCAAUUCAAGACGUGUCCGAGUUUGCAGUUCUCGUGUGCCAGGUCCUUAAGGGGAAAGAGUUCUUGGACGACACGAGUGCUCCCAUUCCCAAUGAGUUUCACUCUAAAUCCGUGGACCAUGGCGGAAAUUUGUCGGAAGAUCAAGGUGCCGUACCCACGAUUGGACCCAAGAUGAUACACGUCAUCCCAGACUCAAACCAAAUCUGCCCUCUGGCUAUUGUUCAUUGUUCGUUUUCCAAGAAAGCCUUGCAAGGCUGGGGAGGCCGAGAGUUGAGACACAAAUUAAAUUGGUUCCCCAAAGAGGCAUACAGUUAUGACUUUGCCGGCCAACUCCACGCGAUUACCCAUGAUGUAAGCCAGACUGCUCAAGUCUCUGACAAUGGCGGUAGCACCAACACGAUUUUGAACGAUGACCAAGUGGCCAAACAACUCCGUGAGAUGUUUGAGCCCUCGCUUCAGCUUCACGAGAACGGCAAAUACUUAAAGGCAUGUCAGGCCAUCAAAACCAAGCUUUAUCCACAUCAAAUGUUUGCUCUAGCAUGGAUGGCACAUCGGGAAAACAAUAAAAUGGACGGAGUUCGAGGGGGUAUUCUGGCCGAUGACAUGGGCCUCGGAAAAACGUUGAGUAUUUUGGCACUGAUUUUGGGAAACUUCCACGACUCGAGACCCAUGGCCAGGCCACAACCAGGAUUUACCCGCGUCUUAAACAAAGAAGUUCAGAGAUACCUACCGCCAAAGCUCAAAGCGAGAGGCCCUGAUCAAAACGAGUGUUUCAAGAAGGCCUUGAAGGAGGUGGGACGUAAGUGCGCGUCAGUGUCCAAUUCGGCAAAUUUGGAUCUGAGCAAGAUGAUGGGUGUGAUGGCUCGUGAGAGUAAAGAUCGUUUCCAAAAAGUGAAAUCUUCCAAAAAAGCCCAACCAGAGGUCUUCUUUGUGAAAUCUUUAAAUGACGAGCUCGAGGAAUUGGACGAAAGUCUCAUUGACCAAGACGAUUCUGAUGACGAAUUCGACUCAAUGAUUAUGAGCGGAAGUAAAAGUCUGUCUGAGAAACUUGGGUUCAAUUCUGAAAAAGUACCAGCCACCAAAUCGAGCUCUGUUGUAUUAUCUCAUUUCCACGAUGGACUCAGUGAUGACGAGGAAUAUCAAAACAUGAGUGAACAAGAACGGAACAACCUUCUUCGGCCGUCUCUAAAUCUGGAUGGAGCCCACGAGCUCUCUACCUCAGAGAGUGAACCAGACCUGCCCGAAUCCACCUCAGAUGGAGUCAUCGAAAAAAGAAAGAGAAAUAAACGGUCCCAGUCCAAAUUUCAGCCCCCUUCUAAAUCAAAGAAGAUCUACGAUGACAUUCUCGAGCUACCUGAUAUCAACACUCCAUCUUUGGAGCCUGAGCCUUCCAAACCCACAAAGGAGAGUUUCUCUCCAUCCCAACUACCUGAUCAAACCGUUCCAAGUUUGACUGAUGAGGAAAAGAAACGUUUGGUCAUUCCUCGUCGAGACCCUGCCAUUUGUGGGACACGAAGACGAGCCACCCUCCUCGUCACACCCUCAUCGUUAAUCUCCCACUGGAUCGAACAAAUCGAGACUCAUGUCGACAAAAGGGUGGAAUUAAAAGUGUUUGUUCAUCACGGACUUUCGAAGGCUCUAAUUGGCAACGAGCUUGAAGAUCAGGACGUGGUGAUUACCACAUACGGAACUCUAAUGUCAGAAUACAACACCAGCUCUAGUGCACCCUUGCUCAAAUGUCGAUGGCUCCGAGUUUGUUUGGACGAAGGACACCAAAUCAAGAACUAUCGCGCCAAAACUUCCAAAGCAGCCUUGGAACUCGACACCCAGAGAAAAUGGAUCAUUUCUGGAACGCCAAUCCAAAAUAAUCUCUCUGAAUUGUGGUCGUUGCUCUCUUGGCUAGAGUUAGAGCCAUACGCCACCUCAAGAUCCUUGUUUAAGCAACAGAUUGAAACCCCUGUCAAGCAAGGCCAUCCCCACGCCAUUCAGCGUUUGCAAACCGUUGUGCGGGCAAUUUGUCUACGAAGGACGAAAAACGAUCAAAUCAAUGGCAAGCCUUUGGUGAACUUGCCCAACAAAACCGUGGAAGUUCAAAUGGUGGACUUCAAGAAAGAGGAGAAGAUCGUUUACGAUGCUUACUUAAGCCAUGGCCGAGAGAUUAUCGCAAGAUACAUGAGACGAGGAACUUUGCUCAAAAAUUAUGCUCAUGUGUUCGCCGUGAUGAUGCGAUUGCGGCAACUGGCCUGUCAUCGGGACUUACUCCCCGUUGACUGGAAGGAUAUUAAUUUGAACGAGCUGGACGAAUUGGCCAAAAAAGAUCUGAGCCCCCCUGAAGCCAUGAAUCCAGAGCAAGCAGAGCACGCCAAAAGAUUGGCCGAGCAAUUACGUGACAUGAUCCGCAACGGUAUCUCGGAUGAGUGCGCUAUUUGCUUGGGCGACUUUGACCACCCGGUGAUCACGCCAUGUGGACACAUCUAUUGUAAACCAUGCAUAACCACUCACAUUGAAGCAUUGCGCCCUCCAGCAUUGUGUCCGUUAUGUCGUGGGGAUAUCUUGGCCAGCCAGCUUCUCGAGGCUGCGCCCAAUGAUGAAGACGAUAGUUUGGAUGACAAAGAUCUCGAGGAUUUCGAGGACAUCGUGGUCGAGGAGUCUUCCUCCAAAAUCAAUGCUCUGAUCAAGCAAAUGGAACUUGAUCGAAGUGCCGCCAAACCAGGCAAAGUCAUCAUUGUCAGCCAAUUCACCAGUUUAUUGUCUAUCGUCCAGCCAAUUUUGACCGACCGCAACUUUUCAUGGAUUCGUCUGGAUGGGUCUAUGAAUUCCAAACAACGAUCUGCCGUGGUUGCCGAAUUUCAAGAUAAAUCUCAAGAUACCGCGGAAGUGUUGUUACUCUCGUUAAGAGCAGGCGGUGUGGGCUUAAAUUUGACUGCCGCCACUCGUUUGUUUCUCUUAGAUCCGGCUUGGAACCCGUCCACAGAAGAGCAAUGUUUUGAUCGUAUCCAUCGCUUGGGACAAAAAUUGGACGUGAAGAUCAUCAAGUUUAUCAUGAAGGACAGGUUAUGCGGUAUUUUUAGUAUCGAGGAAAGAAUGAUGGCCAUUCAGGAAAAGAAACGAGACCUCAUUUCCGGCGCUUUCCGUCAAAACGAAGCCGAACGGCGACAACAACGAAUUCAGGACAUCAGAGACGUGUUUGGACUCUAA